AUGCCAGGAUAUGCUAAAUUUAAGAAGGAUCUUAUAACGAAGAAAAGAGUGGUGAGCUAUGGACUGGUGGAUAACCUCCAUCACUAUAGUGCUAUUUCUACAAGGUCCUUGGUGCAAAAGAAAGCAGACCUAAGAGAAUUCACUAUUCCUUGUACUAUUGGGUCUUUGGAAUUUGCUCAGGCCUUAUGUGAUCUGGGAGCAAGCAUCAAUCUGAUGCCUCUAGCCAUCUAUAAGAAGUUGGGUUUGGGCAAUUCCACACCCACCAUCAUGCGACUUGUGAUGGCGGACAGGUUGAAUGAUAAAGUGGAGGUAUUAAUAGAGGAGAAACUUGCUAUCGAGCCUUUAGCUGUAGUACUGAUGAAUUUUGAUUGUGAAGGCAUUAAGGAGUAUGAAGAGAUUGUUUAUGCAUUGUCAGGAAUGGGUUCAUACUCUUAUGAUCCUAAGAAUCUAGAUCUUGAUCUUGCUAAUCGAACAACACCACCGGCUAAGCCAUCCAUCGAAGAGCCACUAUAUUGGAAUUGA